AAAAAAAAGAGCAGAUGUUUGUUAAUUCUAUCAUUAGUUUGAACCUGACCGGUCUUUUUUUUUCUGCGUUGUUUUUGAGAUUGGUUUUUUUUUGUCAAAUCAUCACAAAACUAACGAAUGGAAAAGAAAACAAACUCUCAGACAAUCAAGACAUCACGGCACAGAAAAGAAGGGAACUGGGAUCCUUGGUCGCUCAAUUGCGACAACACUGCAAAUAAACAACACGACUGCGUCUGCUCUCGCAUAAGCUGUCUGCAACCUCACCAAAAAGUCCACUGGCUGCUGGAUUGAAUCGUGCGCACACUGGUCGAGGUGCGCACGCUGAGCUGGAUAGGAAACCGCCUGGUCAAGGGAAACCAGGUCGUCAUCAACGAUUUGAGAAAUCCGGAAUUCUGGAGGAAAUCCAGGAAGGGUCCGGCUGGUUUAGGCGCUGAUAUACUUGGUCACGGGUAUAGCGCCAGAAGUCAGGGACGGUUGAAAUCAACCAGAGGCCAACACCAAACACCAACACCAAAAAGGUCACACACAACCACAAAAAAAAAGAAAAAAAAAAUGCAGCAAUCAUCAGCAUUAUCCCCAUGGUCAUGGGCAUCACAACAAUCACAACAAGCCCCCGGCAGGCCGCUGUCCAGGUUAUUACCACUAAUAUUGCUGCAGCUGGUGCUGUUCACUACAGCGGUGCUAGGCUUCGACCCGGUCAAGGAAGCCGACUGCGAGUCGGACGACAGCAUCUGCUUAACUUCAUUCAAGUGGUGCGCCCGCAACGGGCGCAGCUGCUACUACCCGGAAGGCGUCGACGCCUACAUCCCGUGGUCGACCUCGAGUCCCUACGCCAUGCUGUACCACGGCAAUGUCUACAACAUCACGUGGAAGCAGGCCGUUCCUGGGGUGCCCGUCCAGGUCGAGUGGUUCUUCUCGGAGAAGCUUUAUACCACUGUCAAUGACGGUUGGGGCACUCCCCAGGUCAUGUGGAGUAUGAACACCACAGACAGCUCAUUCAAGUUCGACCCGCUCACCAUCCUUAUGAGCUUUCCGACGCAGCACAGCAACAUCAGCUCUGGCGAGGCCAUCGCGGCCACGCACGACGUGAGCAACUACCUGCGCAUCAGCCAACCCGACGCCACUUCGGAGACGCAGCGCGCGCCCGCCCUGACGGACCAGUUCCUCGUCCACACGGGCUGGACCGAGGAGUUUGUGCGCAACGUCCAGGCCUACGACUCGGACCUCUACGGCCAGCAGCAGCGAAACUGGCAGAUUGGCGUCGGCGCCGGCAUCGGCAUCGGCUUACCCCUCAUCGUCGUCCUGAGCUGGUUCAUGGGCCAUCGCCUCGGCACAAAGGCUGGGUAUGAGCUCGCGGCAAAGGUGGCCAGGAGGAGGGACGUCAGAGAUGGGAUAUGAAGAGCAAAAAAAAAAAGCCGGGGUGUUUUUUUUAUGCUGUUCAGGUGUUGUUGAGAAUGCAUUGUACAAAGUGAUGAAGCGUUUUUUUUUUCUUUUCUUGUCAUGUUCUCGAUGAACUCAUGGGUUUUGUUUUGCGCCGGCGUUUCGGAUGUCUCUGUUGGAGGGAAUAAC